CUUUGUUCUUAAAUAGCAGAGGAAGCUGCUUGAUAAUAAUUUAUAACUGUGUUUUAAGUGUAUUUACCGUUUAUCCAUAAUUACAGACAAAAUGGAUGUUUAACAUUUAUUAGCAAUAUUUUAUAAAAUUAUUGCGGAGCAAUCGAUUAAAAAUUUCCGCGGAGUAAACAGCGAGCGUCCUAGCAGAAACGUGUUCGCGAAUAUGGAAUGGAAUUUGGAGUCAACUUUUGCGGUGUCUCAAUAUCCAGAUUCCAAUCAGCCGAACCGAGUCCGAUUAAAAGAUUACAUAAGAAAUAUUUAUGUCCCGGAAUUUUCAGCAGAAUGGAGAAGAAACAUAUUAGACUUGAUACCUCGCGCGGACAGGCGAAAACAUUUCUCUUUCAUAAACUCAGUGUUGGAUGAAGUGAACGAUAUUUACAUUGAAAAUAUGAAAGACUUCGUGUUAAAAUCCAUACUGUCCUGCAAAGUGUACAGGCGGGAGGAACACGUUGCUUGCGAAGAGCGCGAUGUUCCUGCUGGCUCGACGCGACACGUCAUCGAGAGCGAUAAAGCAUAUGAUCACGCAAUAUUUUUACAGCGUCGUAAUUCGUUCGCCAAGAGAUACUUUCUCUCCUGUCCGAUAAUCAGACAUAUCAUGAACACGGCGUAUCGUCUUCUACCCGCGGUAAUUUGCGACUUCCGACGUUACCACGAGCUCGGUAUGUUGACGCUGCGCUGUUUUCAAGAUAUGACCGUUAAAGAUAUUAAGAGGGGCUCUUUAGCGAUCACCAAUCAAUUUUACACCGAGACAUUUAAAGCCGUGCAGAGAUCGAAAUUAUUGAGAAGCGUCUCCGCGAGACGCCUGUCCGAAUUCAUGCGAUGCCUCACGAACGUAUUCGUCCAGCAGAUUCUCAGCGUGAUGAUGAGAUCGAUCGAUCACGUAAUAGACACCAUGGAGGACGGUCGUUUCUGUCCGCAAAUCGAAUUUCAGCUGGUGUGCGAAAGUGACCGGCUCGUAACUAAGCCGGACAUAGGGGAGGUCUUCUCGACGUAUCACAACAUUAUCCGAAGCAUCGAAGGUAUCGCGCGGGAUCUGAUACCGUUGGAAGAAUGGUUGAACGUCAAAGCGAGGGAAAGGUACAUAAAGAUAGUUCUUCCCGACUGGUUCGUCGAGAAGUCCCAUCGUAGUUUGCAGGAAAUAUUAGACGCGCUGUUUCGACCUAUGAGCAAGCACGUGGCGCACGUCUUCGUGGAUUUUAGCGAUAUAUGCGCGUCGAGCGCCAAGAAUCGAAUAUUAUCUUUGACUUCCGAACAACCAAAUUUUGACGUUUACUUCGAGCACAUAUGCAGGUACAACGAGUAUCUCGGCAAAACGAACUCCAUGCUUUCGAAUUUGUACUACAACGUGGGAAAGUUGGAGCAAAGCGGCGCCAAGGAAUCCUUGAGGCAGAUCUGCCGCAACGUCAUAAACGUUCUCACCGCGGAGCUCGUCGAGUAUCAUCGUGACUUCAAUCGCUCGAUCUGUUCGGACUUUGAGGAUCUGAGAUCUACCGCGCUGGACAUUCCAAGGGACGCAAAUUCCUUGAUACAAUUGAGCGAACGUAUGUCGCGAGCUUCGAGAGUGCUGAUGAAGGAACAGGAGCGAAAGAUACGAGAAUCGAUAUGUAUGCUGAGCAAACUGUUGGAGAUUACUAUACUGACCGACGAGCACAUCGAUUUAAACAAGACCACCAUCAAUUGGCUGCACGAUAUCCAGCCGGUGUUCGCGCAGAACAACACGCUGUGCGAGGCUAUGAAGAGCGAGCUGGAGGAGGAUCUUCAACGGCGAAUAAACACGUUGAACUCGGAGGUCGACGCGAUGUUCCCGCAGCUUGUCAUCCUGGACGACAUGGACGACGUCAGCAAGGUCGGAGAAUACGCGGAGCAUUACGAGGAUCUGAUCAAGAAGUACAACCGUAUAGACGACGAGAUGCAAGUUAUUAAUUCGGAGGAGAGGCUUUUCAAGUUUCCCGAAACGGAGUUUCCGAAGAUAAUCGAGCUGAAGGAAACGAUCAUGCCGUUCUACAAGCUUAUAUUUACCGUACAUCAGUGGCGAAGGGACAGCUCCGUGUGGCUAAACGGUCCGUUCGAAUGCCUAGACUCCUCCGUUAUCGAGAGGAAAACUACGUAUUACUUCGACGAGAUCACGGACAUGGGCAAGACGAUGAAGUCGCGCAUCAAGAUGGACGCGACGGCGAACAAGUCGUACAAAUUUUCCGGCAUCGCCGACGAUCCCGACCCGAUGCAGCAGCCCGCGCCGCUGAAAUUGUGCUGGCAAGCGCUCAAUAAUGUUAACGAGUUCAAGGUUUACGUGCCGCUCGCGGUUUGCAUGUGCAAUCCGGCACUGAAUGCGCGCCAUUGGAGGGAGAUGUCGGCGAUAUGCGAUUUCGAUCUCACGCCGAACGCGGGAACGACUCUGAGGAAAAUGAUCGACAUGAACCUGAUGGAUAACAUCGACAGGUACAAGGCGAUAAGCUUGGGCGCCAACAAGGAGCUUCGUCUUCAGCGGGAACUGGCCGAGAUGAUUAGGGCGUGGGAGCCGAUGUCGUUCGAGAUGUCGACGACCGAUGCGGAAUCCGGUAUGGUGUCUUUCAAACACGCGAACGACAUCGAAACUCUGCUCAGCGAGCACCUCGUCAAGAUUGAGGAGAUGAGAGCGUCGCAUUUCGUGAAGCCAAUAUUGUCGGACUUAAUUGACUUUUUCGCCGUUCUCGCGAGGAUCCAGGAAACCCUUGACCAGUGGACGCGAGUGCAACACCGUAAACUAUACUUAGAACCGAUAUUUUCUUAUCCAAAAAUAGAAACGCGUUUAAGUCGAGAAACUUCGUUAUAUUCGGAAGGGACGAACGUUUUGCUAAGCGUUAAUAAGAGAUUCAUGGAAAAUCCGAGCUUUCUUGAAAUAAAAAAAUCGUCAGAUUUGCUACAGAUCUUAAAUGAAGCUAACGAGAAAUUGGAGAAAGCGAUCAAAGGUGUAAAGGAUUACUUAGAUAUUAAAAGACUGUCGUUCGCGAGAUUCUUUUUCCUCGAAGAUUCAGAGGUUCAGAAAAUAUUAUUCGAAUCGAUUGACGCAGGGAAACUGCAUACGCUCGUGAAGAAAUGUUUCGCUGGUAUAGAACGGUUGAAAUUUAACAAAUCCAACUGCAUUCGUGGCAUCAUUGGGCAUUACGGAGAGAUCUUGUAUCUAAAUAAUAACAUUUCUUUAUCCCCUGACGCUAAGUGCGAAGAGCAAUGGUUAAUUUUGCUCGAAAAAGAAAUGAAAGACGCAAUUCACAAAAACAUUCUGCAAUAUCAUUCCUUGGUCGAUGGAAAUUCAACGUUUCUUCCUGCAAACAGUUUCCCAAGCAUGGCGAUCAUUUGUAGUUUGCAACUUUAUUGGACUUGUUCGGUAGAAAAAUGUCUUGCGCCAUUAAAUAUCACGAUGUUAAACUCUUUAUUCGCGACAUACGCCGACGGGAUAAUUUCGAUAACCAACGAAUUGAAAAGUGGUUUAACACGAAGGCGGAGGAGUCUGUUGACGUCAUUGGUCAUUAUCACGUCGGCUCAUAAAGAAAUCAUAAAGCUGCUGUUGGAAAGAAAUAUUGUUAAACGGACAGACUUCGAAUGGGUCGCGCAAUUGAGAUAUUAUUGCAACGACAAAAUUGUCGAAGUAUCAGUAUUCGAUACGACAAUUAAAUACGGAUACGAAUAUAACUAUUAUCAACAGAAUAUUGUCAACACUCCCUUAACCGAUAGGUGCUUUCGUACUGUAUUGCAAGCUUAUCGUUAUCAUUCGUACAGUAGUAUUAUAGGUCCGACAAGCACCGGGAAAACGGAAACGAUCAAAAGCCUGACGAGAGCUAUCGCGAAGCCGUCUUACGUCGUCAAUUGCAGUAACAGCGUCUCCUAUGAUUGCGUGAUACGGACAUUUAAAGGAAUGAUCUCUUGCGGAGCGUGGAUUUGCUUCGAGAACUUCAACCAAUUGAGACUAGAAUUGCUGUCGGCCAUCGCUCAGAAUCUCACGCAGAUGAAGCAAGCGGUGUCGUCUAAUUCGAAGAUCGUAAACUUCGAAGGUUGCAACUUGAAUUUAAAUGCCUCCGGAAACAUAUGCGUUAACGUCAAUUCGGAGCAAUCGGGGCAGCACGCUGAUUUGCCGGAUAACUUGAAGGUUCUCUUUCGUUCCGUAUCAAUGAUGGCGCCGGAUAUUGACAGGAUUGCCGAAAUGGAACUCUUCGCUGGAGGAUUUCUUCACGCGAGAAAUCUGGCGGUGAAGCUAGCUGUCGGUUAUAAAUUAUUAUCCGAACAUCUGGGAGAGAAGCGCCAUUACGACUUCAGUACGUCGUCACUCAAGACCGUCGUCGCGACUGCAAUUAAUAUGAAGCGAAAUAUCCCAGACGAAAACGAGGAAUACACCUUGCUGCUGCGUUCGAUGAUACAGAUAAAUAUUCCGCAGUUAUGUAACACCGAUAUACCGAUUUUCCAGAGUAUCAUGCAAGAUGUUUUUCCUCAGACCGUCGUGCUUCCUUUCGAUUGUUCGGCGAUUCUAAACGCUCUCGAAAACGUGUGCGCGAAGAGACUUCUGACGUUGCAUACGGUCUUCAAGUUAAAAGCUAUACAGAUCAUUGAGCUAAUGUACGUUCGUCGCGGUCUUAUACUCAUCAGUAAUCCCUCGGGUGGAAAGACGGAAAUAUUACGCACACUCGCUGAAACGUUAUCGUUGUUGCACGAGCAAAAAAGUAAAAUUGGCGCCACCGUGAAACUCGAAACAGUCGUACCGGGAGUGGUGGAUAGCGACGCGCUCUUCGGACAUCUCUGCGAUAAGUCUGGGAUUUGGAAGGACGGUUUAUGCACCGCUGUAUUUCGUCGCUUUGCGGAAGACACCUCAACAGACCGCAAAUGGUUGGUGCUUGACGGAGACUUAAGCGGCACGUGGAUGGAAAACAUGUAUACGAUUCUCGACGAGAAUAAAAUGUUGUAUUUGACAUCUGGAGAACGAUUUCCCACGACGGAAUCAAUGUCCGUUAUCUUUGAAACGACGAGCACGGUAGAAAUUUCACCCAGUAUAAUAUCACGGUGCGGAAUAAUCUAUAUUGAUACGCACUCUGUUGGCUGGAGACCGUACGCGCUGUCUCACAUCACCAAACCAUUUUACGAUGGAUAUAACGAAAUGCUACGUGCUCUGUUCGAUUGGGCGAUAGACCCGUGUCUUAAUUAUUUAAGGGAAAAUGGCGAUAUACCGACAGAUCGGGAAUUACAUCUUGUUACGUCGACCGUAAAUUUAUUUGAAAUAUUGUUGAGGGACGCCUGUGAAAAUGUCGCAGGGGAUAAGGGAAAGGACAAUCACUUUGCCAUAUGGGCACAAGCCGCUUUAAUCUUAGCUAUUGUUUGGGGACUGGGUGGAAACCUGAUCGAGGAUUCGCAAACUAGAUUCAACGCUUUCUGCGUAUCGUUCUGGAAUGGCACAGAAAAAGAGCAUCCGAAACCCGACGUAAUUAAACAUUUCGACGUAACGCUGCCUACCGAGGGUUUAAUCCAAGACAACUUCUAUAUCUUUAAAGGUGUCGGGAACUGGAAGUAUUGGGGCGAUCUGCUGAAAAGCGAAAAAAUCCCCGAGAUAUGUAACUUCAAUCAAAUUUACAUUCCGAGCGUCAACAGUAUGAAGUACAGUCAUAUAUUUUUGAAGCACAUUAAAUACCGGAAGCCUUUCCUCUUGUACGGCGACGUUUCCGUUGGCAAGACGAGUAUCAUGUACGAUCUUCUGAGAAACAAGUUGCCGGAAAAUUGCCUCUCCAAUGUUUUUAGUUUUACCUCGAUGAUCACGGUAACCAGAACGCAGAGAUUAUUACUCUCCAAGUUGAACAAAAUACGACGUACCGCCUACGGGCCGGGAAGAAAUCAAUUCUGCGUAAACUUUGUGGACGACUUGAAUAGAGCGAUCGUGCAAAAAUCAGAGGCACGGCCCGUAUUUGACCUCUUACGUCAACUACUCAGUUACGAUUACUGUUACGACACGGAUGAAUUAAAUAAAGUGUUCGUACAGGACAUUAUGUUCACGCUCGCGGUUACCGCGAGAAAAAUCAACGGGAGCGUACCUCCUAGACUUCUGAGACAUUUUAACACCUACGCGAUUCCUGCUCCUACGACGGAUAAUAUAUUCAGAACAUAUUUUAAUGUGCUGCUUGCUAAUUUAAAGAAGAACUUGUUCGCGGCAGACGUCACGGGAAGCGCGACCAGCAUGGUGAACGCGACGAUUGACGUUUACAAGUCCGUAAUAAAGACGUUGCGGCCUGUGCCCAGCAAACUGUACUACUACUUUGACAUGAGGGAUAUAUCCAGAGUGAUCAACGGAUGCGGCCUGAUUCAGAAGGAAUCGGUGGAGACGAAGAUAACGUUCAUUCGACUGUGGGUGCACGAGAUCUUACGCGUGUUCGGCGAUCGUAUGCUAGACGAGAGUGACAAGGAGUGGCUUUUCCUGAAAAUACGCGACGCAGUGAAGAGCAACUUCAAGGACUCUUUCGAGGUCGCCUUCGAUCACCUGCCCAAAUUCGAAAAUCAGAUCACCAGGGACAGCUUCAGCGAUCUGAUGUUCGGGAAUUUCAUGGACACGGAGAAGAGCGGCAAGUGCAGACGGUACGAGGAAAUCGGUUCUCUGGAAGCUCUAAAGAACAAAGUCCUCGCUUGCUUGGACGAAUACAACGCUAGCUCUAAAAGAAAAAUCAACGUUGUCGUAUGUCGUUACAUGUUGGAAUCUCUGAUCAAAGUUUCACGAAUCCUGAGCACCCCGGGUGGAAACGCGUUAAUGAUAUCUACCGCGGGUACCGGCAGGAAGUCCACGACCACUCUGGCUGCUUUCAUGCAGCAGCAACCCUUAUUUGAAACCACCGUCGAGUCCUGUUACGACAUGGACGCGUGGAGGAAUGAAUUAAGAAGAGUCCUACGGGAAUGCGGGGCGUUACGGAAGGACGUUACGUACUUUAUGAACGAAAGGCAGGUAAAGGACGCGUUUUUAAGCGACAUUAGCUGCCUGUUGAGCACCGGGGAGCUACCCGACUUGUUCUCCGCCGAGGACAAGCAGAGUAUAAUCGAGAUGACGCGACUGCACGCCCAGGAUGGUGACCGAAACGCAGAACUCAGUGCGCGUUCGGUGAUGACCUAUUUCAUAGAUCAGUGCAAGAACAGAUUGCACUUCGUGCUCUGCUUCAGUCCUACCAGCGCCGCAUUCAGAAUAUAUUUGUGCUCGUAUCCUAACUUAGCGAAACACUGCACGGUGAACUGCUAUCAGGUUUGGCCCGAUCAGGCGCUCUUAGAGAUCGCCGUGAGGCAUAUGAGGCAUGUUAACGUGCGGGAAGAAGUUAAAGCUGACGCAGCGAGAGUCUGCGUGCAAUUCCACAACAGUGCGAAGGAAAUGAGUUUGAAAUAUCGCGAGAUGUUCGGUAGGAGCAUUCACGUGACGUCGUCGGCCUUUCUGCACAUGCUGAAACUAUACAUGCAACUGACGUCGAGGAAGCAGGAGGAAAUCGUCGCAACACGGAACGGAUACGUAGCGGGAUUGGAAAAGUUGGAACUGGCAGCCGAGCAAGUCGAACAGAUGAAAGCCACUCUGACGAUCCUGAAGCCCCAAUUGGAGCUGUCCGCUCAACAGACCGUGAUCACUAUGAAAGAGGUGGAAAAUGAAAAUAUUACCGUGGAGCGAGCUACGAUUCAAGUGAAGCAGGAAGAGGAAAUCGCGAAUAAGAAGGCGGAGAUCGCGGGCACCCUGAAAACCGAAUGCGAGGCUGAUCUCGCCGUUGCGAUACCGAUCCUGGAGGACGCGGUAAUCGCGCUGAACACGCUGAAGCCGACCGACAUCACGUUGGUGAAAGCGAUGAAAAAUCCCCCAGAUACCAUCAAGCUGGUGAUGGCCGCCGUUUGCGUGAUGCUGGGCGUUCCCCCGGAUCGCAGCAUCGAUCCGGCCACCGGGAAGAAAUUCACGGACUACUGGGGCCCGAGCAAGCGCAUUCUGGGCGACAUGAACUUCCUGCAGAACCUGAAGGACUACGACAAGGACAACAUAGCGCCCGCGGUGAUGCAGAUCAUCAAGAAGACGUACAUGACGGACAACAGUUUCAUGCCUCAUAUAGUCGCGAAAGCGUCCAGCGCCGCCGAGGGUCUCUGCAAGUGGGUCCGCGCCAUGGUGUCCUACGACGAGGUGGCGAAGGUGGUCGCUCCCAAGAAGAAGAAACUGGCGGAGGCGCAAACGGAGUGCGACGAGGCCGAGGCGUUCCUGAACGAGAAACGACGAACCCUGGCCGCCUUAAACGCGAAACUGGCGGCGCUGAAUGACAGUCUGCGGCAAACGCUGCAGAAGAAACUGAACCUGGAGAUGGAAGUGGCGACGUGCACCGCCAAGCUGGUCAAGGCGGAGAAGCUGAUCGCCAGUCUGGGAGGCGAGAAGAGCCACUGGAUGCAGUGCGCUCAUAAUCUUCAAAUGAAUUACGACAGUCUCGUGGGCGACAUGUUAUUUUCGUGUGGAAUAAUAGCUUAUAUGGCGCCCUACAACACUUCCUUUCGCGAUGAAAUGUUGAUCAAGUGGAAAGAAUUUAUGGAGGCUUCUAAGAUACUAUACACUAAAACAUAUGAUUUCAUAAGUGUUCUUGGCGUGGAAAUCGAGAUCAAUCAUUGGCAGCUCUGCGGUCUAUCGAAAAAUCGCUUUGCGAUAGAAAAUGCCAUCAUUCUGAAUAAUUCGGAACAAUGGUGCCUUUUCAUCGACUCGCAGAAUCAGAUAAAUCAAUGGAUCAAGAAAAUGGAAGAGAAAAAUGACUUGAAAAUCGUUAAACUGACGGACUCCGAUUAUAUGUCGGUCAUCGAACGAAAUAUUGAAACUGGUAACCCAGUUUUGUUAGAAAAUGUCGGGGAGCAACUCGAAAUUGCACUGGAACCAAUCCUGUUGAAGAAUAUUUAUAAAAAUGAAAACUGGCACAUAGAUAUCGGGGCUAAAUCUGUGAGAUAUUCGCAAAACUUUCGAUUUUACAUCACCACGAGACUGUCUAAUCCAAAUUAUACGGUCGAUGUCUUCGGGAAACUUACGAUAAUCGACUUCUCGAUGCCAGACGGGACUCUUCGGGAUAAGCUUCUGGACAUCGUUGUCUCGAAAGAGAAACCGGAGCUUCAGGAGAAAUUUGAAGCGCUCCGCGUUCAAGAUGCCGCUAACAAGAAAGUUCUUCAACAACAAGAGGCCAACAUCUUGAGCACCCUCUCGUCGACCACCACGAAUAUCCUGGAGGACGAAAACGCGAUACAGAUCUUAGAUUCCUCCAAGAAUCUCACUAUGGACAUCGUGAGGAAGCAGGCAGCAGCCAGAGCGAUGGCAGAGGACAUCGACAAGUUCAGAGACGCGUACCUGCAGUUCGCCGAUCACUGCGCGGGUUUAUUCUGCACGCUGACCACCCUGUCCAACUUGAAUCACAUGUACCGAUUUUCAUUCUCCUGGUUUAUUCAGUUGUACAUUACCUCGAUCGAGACUUCGAGCCGGAGCGUCGUUCUCGAAAAACGACUGCAAUUCCUCAAGUCUUCGUUCACGAGGAACCUCCAUUCUAGCGUCUGCAGGUCGCUCUUCGAAAAGCACAAGCUUUUAUAUUCCUUUUUGCUGUGCGUAAAAGUUUUGAUAGACGCUCGGCAGACUACGCGGGAGGAGGUUGAACACUUCGUCUCUUCAGGCUCGGAGGAUUGCGACGCGAUCUUGGAGCCAGGGCCGGAUUGGUUACCGACGGACAAAUGGAGACAAAUUUGCAGAUUGAGCAGCGCGGUGUCCAAUUUGCACGAACUUGCAAGUGAUUUUCGCGCCAACGGCGCAGCCUGGCAGAAAUAUUGCAACGCGACACCGUUUCAAAGCCACUUGACACCGAGUUCGUGGGCCGACAGCCUGACACGGUUUCAGAAACUGAUGAUCAUCAAGAUCGUGAGGUGCGACAAGAUUAUCGUGGAAACAAUACGGCUAAUAGAGGACACCAUGGAGGACGUGUUCAAUUCCUAUCCUCGCCUUCAGAUAUCCGAGUCCUACGCGGAAUCCAGCUGCCUCACGCCGAUUAUAUUUAUUCUGCCGAGCUACGCCUCGCCCCUGUCGCUCGUCUCUACCUACGCGAGCGCGAGAGGAUACACCUCAAAAUUCAUCUCCCUGUCCAUGGGCGACGGGCAGCAGGCCCGCGCCGAGAUGCUCGUGGAACGGGCGCGAAGGGAAGGUGGAUGGAUAUUUUUGCAAAACUGCCAUCACGCCGCGUCGUGGAUACCGCGACUCGAGCGAAUCUGCGAGAAUCUGAAUCUGUCCGGUACAUCCUUGGACUUUCGACUGUGGCUCUCCAGCUAUUCCACUCCGGACCUCCCCAUCGGCAUCCUGCAAAACAGCGUGAAGAUCGCGUACGACGAGCCGCUGCGGCUGAAGCAGAGCUUGUUGAGAGCGUAUCGAUCCGAGCCGAUAAGAAGCAAGGAAUUUUUCGAGGGAUGUCCCGGGAAGGACAAGGAGUUCUCCAAGCUCCUGUACGGGCUCUGCUUCUUCCACGGAAUCGUCAGAGAGAGAAGGCACUUCGGGCCGCAGGGAUGGAACGUCCCGUACGAUUUCGAUCACACGGACUUCGAAAUGUCCAUCGGACAGCUGCAGAGCUUAAUUAACGAAACCGAGAACGUGCCGUUCGGCACGCUGCUUUAUCUGAUCGGGGAAUGUAACUACGGCGGGAAAAUCGCGGAUCGCCUUGAUCAGAGGUGUCUGCGACACCUGCUGAACUCCUUCUGCGACCCCCGCGUCAUCGAGGAUGCUGAAUAUUCCUUUUCUAACUACAUAGAACAUUCAGUACCGCAGAGAUGCGAGUAUCGCGAUAUCAUCACGCACAUUAGCGAUAUGCAACUGGAUGCAUCGGCGGAAGCCUUUGCCUGCGACGAGAACGCCCUUGUUAUAAAAGACACAGCUGUCGCCAGGGAAUUCCUGGAAUCGAUAUCACGCCUGGACCAAAUCAAAUCGCCCGAUCAUCAUCAAGUUAUACAAGAUCGGACACUGCAAGCAAUUGACGAGAUUAGCGGUAGAUUGCCCGCGUUGUUCAACAUCAACGAGAUACGCGAUAGACAUCCCGCGAUCUCGAGCGAGCCGUUAAACGCGAUUCUCAUCCACGAGGCUGAAUUGAUCAACAGGAUUUUGUCGACGAUCGCAGACUCCUUGAGCAAUUUAAAAUCGGCGCUGAACGGCGAGACGAUUUUAACCGAAUCUUUGGAAGAUCUGUCGAGAGAGAUACGCAACAACGAAGUUCCGGGCGUCUGGAGGCUGAUCGACGUCGGCAUCGCGACCGGACGUCUACCGAGCUACAUCGGCCUGCUCUUGAAGCGCGUAAACUUCGUGCGACGUUGGCGCGACGGCGAUCUACCUCGCGCGAUCCAUCUCGACGCGCUGUCUUGCUGCAAGAGAUUUCUAUCCGCGGCUCUCCUCGCGUUCUCGCGACGUCGCGGCCUGCCCGCCGAGCAAGUCGCGUUGAAUCUCAAAGUGACGAACGGCGAUUCUGUUACGUGUGACGAAGGGGGCGCGGACGUUUAUUGCAUUCAAGGUUUACAUUUGUCUGGCGCCCGAUGGGACACGCAGAGGCGUGUAUUAAUCGAAAGCUUGACAAACGUAUUCUGGCACGACAUGCCGCCGAUACGUCUUGCAUUUAGCGGAGAAAGGAUAAUUAUUGACGAUGUGUACGAAUGCCCUGUAUACGUCUCGCCGACGCGAUUCGACGGGGUGGAUACCGACGCGAGGACAAAAAUGAGGAAUUACGUUACGAGCGUGCCCUUGGAGACUGAUAAGUCGCACGUACAUUGGAUAAAAUGUGGCACGGCAUUAUUCUGUCAAAUUGAGAAAUAAUUUAUAAUUCCUUGCGCGCUCCUAGCUUUAAUUAUAAUAUUUCUCGUGAAAUGAA